GGCAAUAUUCAUUAUAAUGUCGUUGAAUAACCCCAUACACCCACCCCUUUCCAUUUUGAAUACCAAAUCAUAUUCAUAAUUAUAUUAAUAGCUUCUGUCAUGCUGAAUUUUCAGGCAACUCUGAGUCGUGGUCUCUGAUUUUCUCAUAAACUUUAUACUAAAGCGUUUUGAUGCCAUCGGCGAUUCGACUAAUUACCCUCAUGACGUCAUCACGCCUGAAACUGAAAACAAGGAAAAUACGGAACAUUACCCUCUCUAUUUUAUGCGUUUCUUUCUCCCCAUAAUUGUGCGUAACCACGGACAUUGCAGUUGCACAAGGAAGGAGUGCCUUUUUUCUGCUGGUGAGGAAGGUAAAGCAGAAGACUGUUUGGACCGUCUUGUAUGAGAGCCGGUGGUGCAGACGACCAUGAGCGACACUCCAGUGCAGGUGGUCCCGGUCAUCGUCAGGGAGGGCUGGCUCCACAAGAGAGGUGAAUACAUCAAAACAUGGAGACCACGUUACUUCCUGCUGAAGACAGAUGGAUCCUUUAUUGGUUACAAGGAGAAGCCACACCCAUCCAACAUGAAUGAUCCCCUGAACAACUUCACUGUAGCAAAAUGUCAGAUCAUGAAGACAGAGAAACCCCGCCCCAACACGUUCAUCAUCAGAUGUCUACAGUGGACCACCAUUAUUGAGAGAACCUUCCAUGUGGACACACCUGAUGAGAGGGAGGACUGGAUCAGUGACAUCCAGUCAGUGGCAGACAAGCUGCAGGAACAGGAGGACAUGAAGAGUAAAGAGUCCCAGGAAGGCAUGCUGACCAAUUCUUACACCUCUUCAGACAGCAGACCUUCCAGCUCAGGGGGCAGCACCGCAUCACAUAAAGUGACUUUAGAAGACUUUGAUUUCCUGAAGGUCCUAGGAAAGGGAACAUUUGGGAAGGUGAUUCUGGUGAGAGAAAAGUCAAAUGGCGGUCUGUAUGCAAUCAAGAUUCUGAAGAAGGAAGUAAUUGUAGCAAAGGAUGAAGUAGCACACACAUUAACAGAGAAUAGGGUCCUCCAAACAACAAGGCACCCUUUCCUCACUGCCUUGAAGUACUCAUUCCAAACGAAAGACAGGUUAUGUUUUGUGAUGGAGUAUGUAAACGGGGGUGAGCUGUUUUUCCAUUUAUCUCGGGAGCGGGUGUUCUCUGAGGACAGAACAAGAUUUUAUGGGGCAGAAAUUGUGUCAGCCUUAGACUACUUACACAAGGCCAACAUUAUCUACAGAGACCUGAAGCUGGAAAACCUGAUGCUGGAUAAGGAUGGUCACAUCAAGAUCACAGACUUUGGGCUGUGUAAAGAGGACAUGAGAUUUGAUUCCACUACAAAGACUUUCUGUGGCACACCAGAAUACCUGGCACCAGAGGUCCUUGAGGACAAUGACUAUGGUCGUCCUGUGGACUGGUGGGGCCUUGGUGUGGUCAUGUAUGAGAUGAUGUGUGGUCGGCUGCCAUUCUACAAUAAGGACCAUGAGGUGUUGUUUGAACUGAUCCUGAUGGAGGAGGCGAGGUUUCCUAGAAAUAUCACUGAGAAUGCCAAGUCCCUGCUGUCAGGUCUGCUCAUCAAGGACCCCAAGCAGAGACUUGGUGGAGGCAUCAGGGAUGCUGAUGACGUGAAGGAACAUCCUUUCUUUGCUACUGCAGACAUCAACUGGCAGGAUGUGUAUGAGAGGAGGUUGACACCACCAUUCAAGCCUCAGGUGUCAUCAGACACAGAUACUCGCUACUUUGAUAAGGAAUUCACUGGGGAAUCUGUGGAGCUUACACCACCUACCGAAUCUUGUCCACUAGACACCAUAGAUGAGGAGAAGCCACACUUUGAACAGUUCUCAUACUCUUCCUCUGGCAGUCAUUUUAGGGGUACCUGAUAGAAGUGUUCUCGCCCCCCUCCCCCAAUCUCCUUUGGACACCAUAGAUGAGGAGAAGCCACACUUUGAGAAGUUCUCCUACUCUUCCUCUGGUAGCCAGUUCAGGUGCACCUGAUGCUCCCCCAUCAACCUCCAUCGCCUAGGCUAUCCAAAAGGCUUACUUGCAAAUAUAUAUAUACAUUUAUAUAAAGUAUAUAUAUAUGAAGAUAUAUAUAUAUGAUAGCAAUUAUAGCUGAUGAGACGAGCAAAGUUAUAGGACAAAUACAUGUGAUACAGCUUGGUGCAGGUGGCCAUAGCCGUGGAGAAAACAGUAAGAAAUAGACUUGGCAGAAGCUGUAAAUGUAAUAUUGACUGAAGGCUGUAUAAACUGUGCCUACUUACAUUCAUUACAGCCUAGCCCACAGGUUGUGGGGCUUUCAGAAUGUAGUGCCAUAAAGGAGACUAAUAUACAAACCUUCCGUCAACACAUGGCAAUAAAAUUUUGUGCAUACUUUUUGACAAGUCACCUGAAUUAGAUGUAGGCAUCUUGUUAGGUGUAGAGAAAUUAUGUGUCACUAUUUGAUUGAAUAAUGUAAUGUUAAGGCUGGUGACUUUCCUCAAAUUCCUGCAGUCCAGGACAAUGUAUCUACAGAUUGGUGUAUUUUGCUUCAUACACAAUAUUGUAUGUGGGACAUGCACUUGUUACAAUUGGUAAUGACAUGAAUUAGUAUACAGCUUCAAGAAUUGUAUAAAAAGUUUGGGUACUUUCUUAUUUUCAUUUUGUUUCCAAAACCAAAUGCAUCACAAGAUUUGAUUUCUUUGCAGAUUUCAUGUCCAAUGCAGUUUGUCCUUGGCAAAUCAAUGGUACAUAGUUAAACAUUAGAAUUUCCUCUAUGAAGUGGGAGACUAUCCAUUCCUUGCAGAGGCAAUCACUUGUCAAGAUCGCCAAGAAUACCACAUACGAUACAGGCUGCUGCAGGAAAUAUGGGCAUAAAUCUGUCACAUACGGUUUCAUUUUGCAAUGGCUGAUUGUUGUGCCAACUUUUCAGUGUCAAUAUUGUGUAUGCACCGCUGUCAGCACUUGUCAAAUGAGGCAUCUCUUACUUGGAACUUCAGCCAACAGCCACCAUAAGGUUACAGAAAUAAGUCCCUGCAUUGCAGUUAUCAACUUGUGUGAAGUGACCUUUUUGCAAGUAACAAAGUACUGUUGCCUGUUGUGGAUGCAACCAAAGCUAUUACAUAUUGAAAUCUUAUUUUGGGACAGUUAGAAGAGGAUGCUGUGGCAUCUUAAGAAAGUCAGUACUGGACCACAAUUUGUCUGUUGAUAACUUGUCAAUACAAUGUACUGGUAGUAGGAAUAUUUGUUAACAAGACCAUAUCCCUACUUUGUUAGGAAAGUUAAUCCACCAAAAUACUGUAUCUCAAGUUAUUUUUAAAAAAAUGAAGAACAUUGGUUUUCCACUGUGGUAAAGUCAAGAAGAUGUUUAGCCCAUCUGAAACAUGCCAUGUUGCUCAGCUACCUUGUAGAACAUGCCACUUAAGAAUUCAAUCAAAGAGAAAAUUUGAAACAGGGUGGAUUAUUUAUAAGGAGGUGAUUAUGCUGUGCAAGCAAAAAAUAUAGUAGCUCUCCCCAUGCUGUAGGUUAUAACAGAUUUUAUGCAGCAGAGACAGGUGAAGUGCAUGCCAAAGGAACUACAGACUACUACACUUUAUUCUGUAUUCAUUGACCUGACCUUUAAAAUGUGCAUUGUAUGUUUUGUUCCUUGGGCAUGUUGGGAUGCCAUUCACAAAUGUAACUUGUACUUUACAAUGGCACAAUAUUGCUGGAGAGCAUUUUAAAUGAUAUGUAUCGUACAUCUUAAUGUUGCAGCAAUACUUAUGAAUGGGCUUGCCUUUAUCUUUGAGUAGUUCCUCUACAAAGGAGAACUUGAGGAAGUUUGAAUGGAAAACAGCAACAUAAAAUAGAUUGGCAAACAAUGGAAUAUAUGAAAGUAUGUUGUAACUCAGCUUUCUGAAUGGUUUGAGGCAAGCAAGCAUUUUCAGGUAAACAUAUUACCAUGUCCAUAAUGUGUUUUCUUCCAAAUUGUUCUAUAUAACCAUACACUUAUGUGAGGUAAAAUCCAGUGUACAGUGCUUCAAAGAUAUGAAUGUAAUGUGUUAACAAGGGUAUUUUAACCAUUGCUGCAUUGUGGGCUAAUUGUAAUACCUUGUUCUAAUUAGACCUGGCACUGGAAGGGUUAAUGGCUACUGUCAACACUGAUGCAAAAGAAGUUUCACAAAUGUGAUCCAGUUAAUCUCUCCAUGUGCUUCAUAAUCUGUGUCAAUGUAUGUACUAGGGAAAAAACACAGUGUGUAGGCUUUCUAUUCUCCUGCCAUAGAGAUUAUUUUUGACACACUUCUGUUAUGUCUUUCUUUUUAUUGUCUGAACAUUAAAACAGCAUUAUGGCACUAAGAUUGCACUAUGUUUUUAAAUG